AUGGCGAGUGCGGUACGCAAGAAACUUGUUAUUGUUGGAGAUGGUGCAUGCGGGAAAACUUGCUUACUUAUUGUAUUCAGCAAAGACCAGUUUCCCGAAGUUUACGUUCCUACUGUAUUCGAAAACUAUGUUGCAGAUAUCGAAGUUGAUAACAGACAAGUUGAAUUAGCUCUCUGGGACACUGCUGGUCAAGAAGAUUAUGAUAGGCUACGGCCACUUUCUUAUCCUGACACGGAUGUAGUUCUGUUAUGUUAUAGUAUUGAUUCUCCCGAUAGUUUUGCAAACAUUGAGGAAAAAUGGUUACCAGAAAUCCGUCAUUUUUGUCCUGAUGUUCCCAUUGUCUUAGUUGGAAACAAAAAAGACUUACGACAUGACGAGGCUACAAAGAAUGAGCUACAUAGAACCAAACAACUUCCCGUCACUUUUAACGAGGGUAAACAAGUAGCUGAAAAGAUUUCUGCUUAUGCCUUCUUUGAGUGUUCAGCUAAGACCAAGGAAGGAGUCAGCGAUGUUUUCGUAGCAGCUACUCGAGCCGCCUUGAAUUCAGCGAAGAAGAAGAGGAGGAGGUGUGAUUUAAUUUGA